AUGAAAACGAAAAGGGCCUCGUUCGUAGCUAUCUGCGCAUGGUUCCUUAUCGAGACGUAUUCCUCUGUAAGAAAGAAAAGAAUUCCCAGCAUCCUCUAUUAUCCAACAGACAAACGCACGCGUGAGGUUAAAAUUGUUCCAAGGAGGAAUAAAUUUGUGAAGAUAAAAUAUCCAGACGAGGGUUCGUCUCCUCAGGAUAGACGACCUCCCUACCUUUUUCUCAACAGAAAUGUCAUUACUUACGUGCAGUUAGGAGGACCACGAAAGAGGCGUCAAUCUAAUGGUGGUGCAUCGUUGCGGGGCACCAAGUUGUGUGUGAGGAGGAGGAAGAACGUAGACAAUACCGCUGAACAACCGGGAAGCACAGAAAAGGAUGAAGUAGUGGAGGAAAAAGUAAAGACCCGUCGGGGAAGGAAAAAAAAGGAGGAAAGCCUCCCAUUGGAGAAUGAAAGCGGUGGUGCAGCGAGUGAGGACACAUCGACCGAUUUAGGGGCAGUGGAGGGGGGGGAGCAAGUGAAGGGCGCUAAAGGGCAAGCAAAGGGGGAAAGAAAAAAGGGCGAAAAAAGGAACACAAAAAAGGGUACCAAAGAGGUCGCUAAAAGGGGUUCCAGAAAGAUCGCUAAGAGGGGCACAAAGGGGGGAGAAGACCCGCAGGAAGGACCCCUUCACGGAAUCUCCACCCCGGAGGAAUCCAGUGAAGACCAGUUUGAAGACAACGAGGCGGUCGAAUAUUUUCCGGACGAGUUUGCCAUGGAAGAUGAAAAAGGGGAAAAUGCACCGAGGGAGAAUAAGGGACGCAGGAGGGGAAGUAAAAAGGGGGGAAAAUCAAUCGACACGAAAGAGGAAGAAAAGGGAGACAAAUCGGAGGACGAUCUUUCCCCAGAGCAGCAGGAGGAUCCCCUGGCCGAGCAGGAAAAACUGGAGAGGGAACGCAAAAUCGAGUUCAUCAAAAGGGUAGAGUUCAUGCUCGAGGAAGACGAAAAAAAUGAAAAGCUGUACGAAGAGAGAAAAAACAUUGAAAAGAUGCGAUUUGGUGAGAAGCCCCCCCCAGGAAGCCAAGAAUUCAUGGAUACAAUUUUAAAAAAUGUGCACACAGAGAAGCCGACCGAUGUACCAAAUUCGACAACGCAAAGGGAGAAAUACGAUCUGAGGAAGAAACACCUUUUUUACGAACUGCUCCGAAUUAGCAACUCCAACAGUUUCCACACACAAAAAAUAUACACCCACAAAGAUUUAAUAUAUGGAAUGAAGUACAGAAAGUUGGGAGAAAGCAACCUAUGCGUAAGUGAACUUUGUGUAGGCACCAACAUGUACGAAAAUGAAAACUUCAUCAGCAAAGACGAUGUGAAUGUGCUACUAAACAUGGCAUUUUACGAAUACGGAAUAAAUUUUUUUGAUAUUUGUGAAUAUGACCCAUUUCCACAUGACCCCGUCAGCUACAAAAAAGGGAAAAAUAAAAAUAUGAAUUUAUUCCUCAAAGAUAAGAAGAGAGAAAACAUUAUCAUAAAUUUACGAAUGUGUUCCUCAAGAAAUGUGGACAAAAUUUCCAAUGGAGAAUAUUACCUAAGUUGGAUUAUGGAAGGUCUGAAGGAUGACACUCCUACCUUUUACAACAUAGAAGAAAGGCUAGAUAAAAUUUUAAAAAAUUUAAAUACCAAUUAUGUGGACAUUUUAACCAUUGAUAUGCCUGAGCGGUACAUACCAAAUGGUGCAAAAGGGGAAGACACUUACAUAUGGGGGUUUGAAAAUUUAAAUUCCUCAGAAGAUACACAAAAUGGAAAAAACGUAAUGUCGAUAGAAGAACAAUUUGACAUUUUAGAGAAGUUAAUUCUCAAAGGGAAGGUACGACAUAUUGCCGUUUCGAACGAAUCCGUUUGGGGAAUUUACCAGUGGUGUAGUUUGGCAAAAAAAAAAAAAAAAAAAUUUAUGAAAAUUGUGUGUGCACAGAAUUUGUACAAUUUGUUACACAGAAAUGAGGUGGAGUCAUCCGGAUUCGUAGAAAUGAUUUUGCGAGAAAAUUUUAAUGUACCGUUUGUUCCUUAUGGGUUGCUAGCUGGGGGAAUACUAACAGGGAAGUAUUUAGACCCGGAGAGGUAUCACACUAUGGGUCCGGAAACCGUCCUGGGAGAUGACCAGCUCGAUCACGACUUGGAUGACUCUAGAGGGAAUAAAGCCGAAGAUUACGGAUAUUUAUCUUACGGCCCAAGGAAUGGUCGAUGCAAUAAGUACCCCUAUCUGUACAAAUCACAUAGGUGUGUGUGGUCUCAAGACGCGACAGCCGAAUACAUGAAGUUAGCUAGAUCACACGGCAUGUCCCUAGCCCAGCUAAGUUUAAGCUUCGUUUAUAGUAGACCAUUUGUUGCUUCCUCCAUAAUUGGCCCCAGAACGAUUGGCCAGUUGAAGGAUUCUGUCCUUGCGCUUAACUAUCCCAUGUAUCAACACACAGAGUGGGACUUGCACGAAAUUUUCCUCCGAUUUAGAGGGUGCACCAUGGAUGGAAAUACAAUUCUUAAUAGUCUUAAGGACCCAAACAAAACUAGCCAAACUGCUUUCUACAAAAGUGCAAACAUCCCUAUACUGAGUGGAGGCACCCAUUGGAAUAAUUACCCCCUCCCAUUUUUUAACAAAAGGUAUGAGUACACUGAUAUGCAAGAAGAACACGAUCGGAUGAAGUCCACCUUCGGAUUGAAUGAUGAACCAAAUGACGCAAACUUUAUCAGUUCCCGCAUAUGGGUUGAAAGGGAGAAGAAAAAAGGAGAAUACUUUGCCCUAAAAGAAAGCAAAAUAUUCGAGUGGGAUAAGUACAAAAUAUACAAAGGAGUAAUGACCAAAUUAAGUAACAAAGAAAAGUACCUCUAUGAUACAUCGGACUUCCAUUUCUACUUUAAGGGUAACAAAAUUUCGGUGGUCCCUACCGAUGAGGAAAUUUCCAACUUUUAUGAAAACCGGGAAAAAAUGAAAAAAGUCAUCAGCCAAACCAUAAAUGAUUGUCAAGAGCUGUUUCAGUAUCAAGAACAGUUAGGCCAGGAAAUGCCCGACAUUUUUAACAACCUAAACAUCGACCUGAUUUAUAAACAGCUGCUGAACAGGCACAACAUUAACCCUUUGGAUAAGGACGAACUGAAUUCCAUAUACCAGUAUAUCAAAUUAACUCCUGAGGAGUUAAAGACGGAAGAUUUCUGGUACAUUUACAAGUACAACCCGCUCGACACGUCCUUUGCCUUCCGCACGGGAACCGAGCCGUGA